AUGUACAGGGGCAGUCCUGCUCGUAGGGUCAAUCGAGCUUUCCAGGUUGCAAAUGCAGUACUAGAGUUGAUUGUGGAUCAAAAGGGCUACACUAUUGGACCUGUCGUAGACGGUCUAUUUAUUAGCACCGUCGCCACGGCCUCUGCUCGGUGGAGAGAAUUGCCGCAUUCUUCCGCUGGAUCUGCUUCUGCUUCCGUCACUGAACCAAGCGCACCGUCGCACGAAUCAGGCUCGGAAACCAUGAGCAGCUCCGAAGAGGUGUCGUGGAUCACCUGGUUUUGUGGACUCAGAGGAAAUGAAUUCUUUUGUGAGGUUGACGAAGAAUACAUACAAGAUCGCUUUAACCUUACUGGCCUGAAUGAGCAGGUACCAAAAUAUCGCCAGGCUCUCGAUAUGAUUCUAGAUUUAGAGCCAGAAGACGAUAUGGAAGACAAUCCAACCAAUACUGAUUUGGUCGAGCAAGCAGCUGAAAUGUUAUAUGGUCUGAUCCAUGCAAGAUAUAUCUUGACCAACAGAGGCAUUGGCCAGAUGGUUGAAAAAUGGCGUGAUCAUGAUUUUGGUGUAUGUCCACGAGUUUAUUGUGAAAAUCAAGCUAUGCUACCCAUUGGGCUUUCGGAUGUUCCUGGUGAAGCGAUGGUGAAGCUUUACUGUCCUCGCUGCUGUGAUGUAUUCAUUCCACGUUCCUCACGCCAUCAGCAUACUGAUGGCAGCUAUUUCGGCACGGGGUUCCCGCAUAUGUUGUUCUUUGUCCAUCCAGAACUUCGCCCACGUAAACCAGCCACUCAAUUUAUACCAAGAUUGUAUGGGUUCAAAAUCCACCCACUUGCGUACAACUUGCAGUAUCAGCAGUCGCCGCAGCAGUCAAGCAAUGGUCCGCCAAGUGAAAAAUCUGGACAACAGUUUGCAAAUGCUUCGUGUAGAUGUCAAAAGGCAUCCGAAGUCAAUAAAGAUGUGCUGUAUAUGGAAAUAAAAUGUGGAGAAUUACAUGCAAACAUCGAGAUUUUGCACAUGAAAUCGUCGUCACGUCCAACAAGCAUGUGUAUGACGCCUCGACAAGAUCCGCUAACUUUUGAGGUUCUUCCCCAAGAAGGCUUGAAAAAUGAAAGUGUUGAGUUUAUACUAGGAAUGCCAUUGAAUCAGGUGCUAACUCUGAUACAACACAAUGCUAGGAUUUUAUCGAACAUUGAGUUGAUGUACUCCAGAAAGGAUCCGCUUGGACGAGACAUCUGCGUCUAUCUAAGCAACGAUGGGAUUCGUCUGUUGUUUCAUCCAGUCACGCAACUUUUACGGUUAAUCGAGGUCGACAAUCUGUCCCAGAUAGUGUUAAAGUACAAAGAGAAGAUUUUCUCUGAACCUGGCGCUGAAGUGAGCAUGGACAAAGUUGAUGAAUUCUUCGGUUCUACGCAUCCUGGAGCAUAUGAUGACAAGCAGAAAAUUUGUGUCAAGAGUUGGCGAGGACUAUCCUUUUGCUUUCCUACAGCUGAAAGCGCCAACGUUGAAGUCACUCCUGGAUUUGGUCCUCUACGCUCGUUGAAGUUUGACAGUGCCACCCAACCUCGGUUAACGAAAAUGUCAAUCUUUAAAGGAACAGCCGUCGGCAAAAACGAGGAAGUCACUAUGCCACUGGCUGCUUACUGCGGACAGAAUCGUACGUUGAUGGUCUCAUGUGCCAGGAGGAAUGGGAAAAUCAGCGGCGUUGAUGUUUUGUUCCAAACGCAAAAUGGUAACGCUGCCUCACGAAUCAGCGGCGAGCUAGAGAUAGUAGAAGUCUCAAGAACGAUAUCGUUUGGAGAUUCUGUCGCUAAAGUGUUAUCGGCGCUGGGUGCUCCAUCGAAGGUGUUUUACAAGUCGGAAGACAAAAUGUCUAUACAUCGUGGAGGAUGCAAAGAGACACUUAGCCCUCAACCACACUUCUUCUUUAACUACUUCUCGAUGGGCCUGGAUGUUCUAUUCGAUUUCGUCACUAAACGGGUCAUCAAGAUUGUGCUGCAUACAAAUAUGCCAGGACAUUACGAUUUCACUAUAUAUGCUAGAUGCGAGUUCCACAUCACCUUCGAUGGAAGCGAGCCAACUGUGAUCACCACGUCUUCAAAGUUCAACGACAUCUGUGGAGUGUUCACGGAUGCGAGUGGAGAGUACGAAGAACCGCAGCCAGUUGUGGUAUCGCGAAACACUCAAGAAGACCGUAAUCCGUUUGGAUCUACGUUUUGCUACGGUACUGACCAGAUUGUGGUUGAGGUAAUGGACAAUGGACACAUUGCUGCAGUGACACUUUUUGAAUGAUUUGUAGUGUAUCAGCUAUUUUUCUUUUAAGCAACUUUUUCUAGUAUUGUUUUUUUUUCCAAUUUGAAUGGAUUUGAAUGAUGUACAGCACAGAUGUCACUUCUGUGGUUUACUCCCUUGAUGGGAACUUACAAUUUUGUACUUUGUAUAUAUUUCUAAUCCCUUACUUUAAAUGGCCACAAAUUUUGUAAAAUAUGUAAAAAUGUAAUUUGGCUGUAAUUGCUGCAUCUACCAAUUCCUUUUUUCUCGAUAAACUCGUCCUCAUGGCUUUA